AAAAGCAUCAUCACCCUGAGAAGAGUCAACAUCCAUAUCUACCCACUCUUGUUCAGAGUGGGAGACGAGGGAGUGACUCCAAGUGAGAGAUCAGUUUACCUAUAAUAAUACUCGAGAAGAGUGAGAGAGAGAGGAAACAUUUUCAUUGGAAGAUUUUCCUUAUUCUAACCAUAUUAUAUAUUAUAUAUUUUUGGAUUCACUUUUUUAUACAUGUAAUAUUAUCAGAGAACCGAUAUAAUAAUAAUAAUAAUUGUUGCUGUUUGUUUACAAUCAACGGAAAAGGAAAAGGAUUUUUGUUUCUUCUCUCGUGUCCAUCAUACUAAUUAUCCUCAUCUUAAUCAUCUAUGUACAAUGUGUUUCUCUCUGUGUAUUUAUUUUCAUCACAAUUAAAAUCAAUUGUAAGAUUUUAAACUCCAUCAACAAUAUCAUGUCUACAUCUUUACUUGGCUUUAAUCCAACAAGUUUACCCAAAUGUCAUGGAUGUUCAGACGUUAUCCAAGAUCGGAUUAUACUUAAAUUAGGAUAUAACAAUGAGAGACAUACCUGUUGGCAUUCCCGGUGUCUCUUUUGUCGUGAAUGUAAAACAAUGCUCUCAAUUAAAUGUUAUCUUCGUAAUGGAUUACCUUAUUGUAAAGAACACUUUUAUAAAAAUUUUGCCAAAACGAGAUGUGCUAAUUGCGAACAGGGAAUCUCACCAACCGCCUUGGUAAGAAGAGCUCAAGAAAAUGUAUAUCACCUUGAAUGUUUCACUUGUAUCUUAUGUAAAAGGCCAUUAAAUACAGGUGAUGAGUUUUAUUUAAUGGAAGACAAUAAAUUGGUUUGUAAACCUGAUUACGAGGCAGCCAAACAAAGAGAAGCAUCAAAUAAACGACCUCGAACCACAAUAACAGCUAAACAAUUAGAUGUACUGAAAAGCGCUUACAACAAUUCACCGAAACCCGCUCGACAUGUACGAGAGCAAUUAAGUCAUGAUACCGGAUUAGAUAUGAGGGUUGUCCAGGUUUGGUUUCAGAAUAGACGAGCCAAGGAAAAGAGAUUAAAAAAGGAUGCGAACUCUGGUCAACUCGGUAAUCAAAGAUCAUCAAAUCGUAAUAACCUUUGGCCAUCUAAUCAAAAUCCGUCAACUCCAACCACGGACACGAUGCCUCCUUCAAAUGCUUCAUCCACUUUACUUGCCAAUGAAACGUCAACUUCCUGUUCCUCUUGGUUUGAAGAUCCAAUUCUUGAUUCGGAAGAUGAUGAAGAUGAGGAAGAUGAAGAUUCAUUGAUUUCCAAUCAACAUUAUUAAAAUUUUCAUUCAUCAAAUCAUGUUGAUUGUGAUAACCAGGCCAUUGAUUAUUAUUACAAAUAAUUAAUUGAUGUGUGCAAUGUUUUUAAAUUGUAAAUUUGUUUUCUCACUCAAAAUUCAAGAUGAUUCACAAAAGUUUGACAAUUAAAUUUAAUUGUCAAUUGAUUAGCUCUCUCUCCCUCUCUCUCUCUUGGUCUAUCAAUGAUUUAAUUUAUUUUGCAUUUUUAUAAACCAAAUGAUCACAAUUAAUCUGAUAAUCAAAUUGAUCUCAAACAAUUAACCCUUCAUUUCAUUUUUUCUCAAUCAAUUGGUUAAUCUUAAUCUUGAUUUAACUGCGAGAAAAAUUAAUUGUUACUAUCAUUGUAUUUACAUUCAUCUAAGUUAAUUUACUUUUUUGGUAAAUUAAAUUAACAAUUAACUAAAUUGUAACCUAUUUCUUUCUGUUAAUUUGCUCAUUGUUAACUUAAUCAUCAGGGAAAAAGUUAAUUAACUUUUUUUUUCUCUAAUAUUUUCUCCCAAUUAGAUGAAUAUUCAUUUUUUUUUCUUGCUUCUUUACUUAAUUGUUUUGAUGUUUUCUUUUAAUUGUUUACCAAACAAUUUAAAAGUAUAUUUUAAUUUCUCAAUUAUAAGUUGGUAAUGAUUUCCUAUCAUCAAUUUUGAUUAGACCUUAAUUGUGGAUCAACAAUCAACUCUCAAUCUUUAAAUCAUCUUCAUCAUUGUUUUUUUGUCUUGAAUCAUCAACUUGUAUUUUUAACCAUUAAGUUAAUUGUGAAUAAUUAAAAACAAGAUACAACAAAAAAUCAUCUUCUCGCUUAAUCAUUAUCAUCAUAAUCAUAUCUUUAACAAAUUGUAAUUAACAUUAUUCAAUCAUUAAGCUA